AAGCUUGACUUGACGGUAAAAAGUUGGAUUUUCUAUACCACACGUUGCAUUUCUGCCAGCCUGAAAUUGUCAACGUGUUUGAUGUCUGGUGUUUAGUUUUUUUUUCUGUUUUUUUUAAUUAGUAUAGCUAGCUAACACAGGCUAGGUACCUAACUAGCUAGCUAAUUUCGAAGCUUGACAAAGUGCGUAUUAAUAGUACGUAGCGCUAUUCAUACGUAGAAAAAAGGAAAAAGAAUCCUAACCCUAACCCUAACCCUAAAGCACUUUACGUACGAAUAGCGGAUGAACAUAUUACGUACGCAAAAAUGGGCAAAAGUGCGUACGAAUAUACACUACGUUCUAUAUUAAAGGCAUUUUGAACUAGCUAACUUGUCAAUUCUUCCAGUCAGCUAAUGUCACAAUAUUUUUUAACUAAUUAGCUACACAGAGGUCCAUAUCUUCCUGCAAUCACCUCGCGUCAUAAUGAGUAAGUGCUUAAUUUUUCAUAGAAUCAAAUUUAGCUCUGACAUGUUGUAGCUAGCUAUAAUUUUUAUGAAAAUUUUUGCUAGUUUAGCUUUAGUUCAGUUUAAAUACAGAAAUGUAGCUAUAUAUAGCUUGUUUAAUCAAAACGUCUUUUGUGAAAGCUUGACGGUGAAGCACCCCUUUUUUGUCAACCUAAAGCUGUACAGAAUGGCAUUCUGACCAGGAGAAUGUUGAGAGUGGAAGAAGACUUGGGAUUUUUUGGCAGAACACAUGCAAUUUUUCCUCAUAGCAAUCUGAAUUUUCGCUUUAGAAGUAUAUAACCUAGUUUCCCACCUGGAAGAAGAUGUCAUUUAAUUUUCUAGUCUUUAGGCCAUAUUCCUAUAGCUAGUCACUUUUGUUUGCCACUUUUUCAGUCACUUUUGGAUGCCAUGUUAGUUUUUAAAGCCAUAAAUUACAUUGCUCCUGAUUACAUGCACCCAAAAUUCUUUUUAGCAAAGAACUGUCACAAUCCCCAAACAGGAGGAGCUUCUAAAAACAGGUUCAUAGAUUUUGUUAUGAUAUAUAAAUAGUUAAAUCUUAGACUGCAUUAGCUAAUUCUAAGAUUUAUCUUUUGUGUUCUUUUUCAGUUUAUUGACCCCCAAUGAAAACAAUCCACCAACUAUAGGUUUUUGUGAUUUAUAUUUGUAUUAUUUAUUAUUUUACUACUUUCACUCAAGAAAAUAUUGAUUUUACAUAUUUUGCGAGUUUGCUAAUCAAUGAUCAGUAGAAUCUACAGUUCUAAAAUAGAUAUUGUAUAUAAUAUAAAAUUAUAUUUUUUUGUGUGUAAAGAAUUUCGUAUAUAUACCAAAUGAUGCUGCCAUACGUUAAAAAUUAUUUUGGUGCUAAGUUGUCUGAAGAUGAUUAUCAAAAUAUUCCACAUCCUUAUGUUGAAAUGUACACCCAUGUAACUCUAAAGACAGUUCAACUGGGAACAACGUUUAGCACAGUUUUGUUUGGACCCUUAAUAGCUCUAGCUCGAAAAGAUACAAGGAACAUGGCAGGUCUAGUUCAAAGAGUGAAUCGUGCUUCAAAAAUUGGGAUUGGUAUUGGUCUUGUUGUAGGACCUGUAAUGACUUAUAAGACAUUUCGGGAUCAAAGUUAUGAUGCUGUAUGGGAUCGAGCGUAUAGGAUGCGCAAAAAUCAAAAUCAAAUUCGAUGUGAUCGUGGUUACAUUGCAGGGGCUGCUACAGGACUUACGGUUUCUUUAUUGAGGAACACCAACCCAAUGUUUGGCAGCUUAGUUGGAAUGUCUGCAGGGUUAAUUAGUAUGGGUCUUUAUAAUAACCAGAAACAAGAAAAGGCAUAAGUAUAUAGCAGUUUUAUACGGUAUUGAUUACUUGCAUUGUUUGUUUAUUUUGUUUUUUGCUUGAUGUUAAAAAACACUUCUAAUGAUCAUUAAAAUGAGCUAGUUCUGUAGUUUUAGCAAGUUUUGCAAAUCUUUCUUUUACACAAGUUACACACUUGUCCUGCAUAAAUUCCUAAUAAAUGUCUGUAUAUUUUGGCCAGUAUUGGCACUGUUUUUUACCAUGAUCUUUCCCCGUUUUUUAAUUUCUAGGAGAUUAUUCCUUAUAUAUAUACAGUACAGUCUGAAUGUAAUCUACCGCGGCCGCGAAACUCGCAUGAAUAGUUACACAGAACAAUAACAUUGCGAUAGCUUUUGUUUUUUAAGAAAAUAAUUGCCUCGCUGAUAAACAAUGACCCCAUGUGAUCGAUUGUUUAGUCACAAUAGGUUGCAAGAUCAAUUUUAGCAAUCUAUUUUGCGCAAACUCUUUUAAAAAUUUUAAUUGCAGUAAUUAAGCGUUAUUUUAGAUCGCAUUUUAAAAGUUUAAAAACCAAAAGCGGUGAUAGUAAUGUUUUUUUAAAGCGACAAUAGAAAUGUUUUUUAGAUCGCAUUUUAAAAUUUUAAAAACGAAAAGCGGCGAUAGAUAUUGUUUUAUUAGAUCGCAUUUUAAAAGUUUAAAAUCGAAAAGCGGCGAUAGAAUUGUUUUUUAGAUCGCAUUUUAAAAGUUUAAAAACAAAUAAAUAGCAGCAAUAAAAAUGUUUUUUAGAUCACAUUUUAAAAGUUUUAAAUCAAAAAGCAGCAUUUAAUAGUUGUGAACAAUGCUUCUCGUAUGUUUCUUAGAUUAAACGCGCUGGAAUUUUAAGUAAUUAAAUCAACAAUACAUUCUCGCGCAAUGUAUUAUAAAACUUUGCGAAAGAUUUUUAUUAUUUAAUUACUUUACGCUAAUACUUAAGGGAAUAGCUUAUCAAUACAUUUACACAAUGCAUCUUGCUAUUAGAAGAAAUAUAAUUGCUCCAAUAUUUCUUCGCGAGCGCAUUGUUUUUUAACACGCAAAUAUAAACCCGCAAAACGCUCAAGGGAUUUAAUUAUAACAAAAGACAAACGACUGUUGUCCUCCACGCAAAGGUGUGAUAUUAGCGUGUGCGUGGUAGAUUACAUUCAGACUGUACUGUAACCCAUUUUGUUUUAGUUUUGGGACCAUUUGGGUAAUAGCAGGAUUUUAUGACAAGUUAUAACUUUUCUUUUACAUAGUCUACAUAACUCAUUUUAAUGAUCAUCCUAAUGUUUUAAUUCUUUAUAUGAGGAUUUUUGAAGACUAUAAGUAAUUGAUUUGAGACCACUAACCAAAAUAGACCUCUGAUCCAACAAAGUUUAACAGUCUUUAUAGUCUACUUCAUCUUUUGAUUUACAGCACAACAAUAGUUUACAGUAAAGUGUUUUUAGUAUAAAUUUGUGAUUCACAAAAUUGAUUUCUUGACUGACAGGGACUGACAAGAAUUUUUUGUUACCUUCCAAAAGAAGAAAUUAUACUUUGUCUUCUGGCUCCUAUAGUUUGAUUUUUAAUUUUUGUAUCCCAUGAAUUGGAAAUUUAGUACUUUCAUUUCAAAUGUUUAUUAAUUAUACAUUGUUUCUUAUUAUGUUUAUAAACAAGUUAAAUGUUGGGCCAUUCAUGUGUUAUAGAGCUGCAUAUAUACCGCAUGAAUUUUUUUUAGUACAAUAUUCACCAAUUUUUUGUUAUUGUUAUUGAUAUUUAAAAGAGCAAUUUAUGUAGUUUGUUUGUUUAUUGGAAGAUGGUGUAUAUAUUUUUUUCUC